GCAGACACCUCAGCGCUGAUUUGGAAGGCUAUAUGCGGCUCAGCCUACCUGUUGGUCCUCACUGCGGGACAGACUGACGUCGGACCACGACUGACUGCACAUGAGGAAGAAGAGAAGCUUAAACAUGUUUCCACGAUUAUUAUUCUACAUUGUUUUGGUCGCGUACCACGGGGCGCAGACCUGCAUUGGAUUUAACAUAGACGAGCGGUUUCCUGUGAUUAAAGAGGGGAAAACCAAGGGGAGCUUCUUUGGAUUAUCAGUAGCUCUGCACAAUCAGACGAAGGGCUCCAACAAAUAUCUGCUUCUUGCAGGAGCUCCUAAAGAAAAGGCCAAUUCUCUUCCAAAUGUCAACGAGACAGGCGCCGUGUACUCCUGUCCUAUCAGCACUGACCCCACAGACUGCACCAGGAUGGAUCUGGUCAUGUCAACAAAUCCGUCAGAGAUGGUGGAGGGCAUGUGGCUGGGUGUGACAGUGGCCAGUCAGAGGAACCUUAAAGAAGGACGAGUGCUGGCAUGUGGGCAUCGUUAUGUGAAGAUCGCCACAGGGCAGCAGAGGAGGAUGAUUGGAAAGUGCUACGUUAGGGGUAACGAUUUGACAUUUGACUCCUUGGAUGAGUGGCAGACUGAUAAUUAUGAGCGCUGUAACCCUGGAUUCGACAUGGAGAUAGAGGGAAUGUGCAACCUGGGCAUCUCCGGUGGCCUAACAGAGACUGAUGUCUUCCUGGGUGCAACAGGCAGCUUUAGCUGGAAAGGUAAUGUCCAUUUAACCUGGAGAGAUCCAGAUCCGGAAAAGAUCUGGAACAUUUUCAACAAACAGAUAGGGGACCUAAAGAAAAAACAUAGUUAUAUAGGUUAUUCAGUUAUUGAAGAACAGAAGCUACUGAGUCUUAAAAACUACACAGUUGUGACGGGUGCCCCCAGGGAUGAGUCCUCAGGCUCUGUGAUGCUGGGAGAAUGGACUGCAGACAAAAUCGAGAUAAAACAAACCAUCCUGGGAGAACAAGUGGGCUCUUACUUUGGGAACAGCCUGGCUGCCACUGACCUCAACAAUGAUAACUGGAAUGACCUGAUCAUAGGAGCCCCAUUUUACUUCGACCGCAAAGUGGACCGGGGAGGAGCGGUGUACAUUUACAUAAAUGAAAAUGGGUCGUUCCAAAGUUCCUGCACCAUGAUUCUGACAGGUCCACCUUUCUCAGGGUUUGGUAUUGCAGUUGCAGCCAUUGGCGACGUCAACCAGGACGGAUUCCAAGACUUUGCAGUAGGGGCACCUUUUCACGAAACAGGAAAGGUCUACAUAUGGAUGGGAAGUAAAAAGGGAAUCUCACAGGAGCCCAGUCAGGUGAUCGAGGGUAAGUCAGUGGCCAAUAGCAACUUCCAGACCUUUGGUUACUCCAUCAAUGCAGGCAUGGAUAUGGAUGACAACAGUUACCCUGACAUCUUAGUUGGCUCACUGGAUGACCAAAUAGCCCUUCUGAGAGCUCGACCUGUCAUUCACCUGACCAAAAACUUCACUGCUGAGCCCAAGAUUGUGGAUCCUAACCAGUGUCUUCUUGAUAAUCCAUGCAUUUCAGUUACUGUGUGCCUUUCGUUUACUCUAAGCAACGGAAACAAAGACUUUAAGAAAAAUAUCGUUGUGGAUUAUACAGUGAAAGCCGACGCAGAUAGAAGAAGCCCUCGAGUUCGAUUCCAAAGUAAUGAUGAUACACAUUCUGGAACUCUAAGUCUGCCAUCAUCUAAAGCCAUCUGUAACACCCUGAAACUAAAUGUUGUGGAACCUGUGCGGGACAAACUGCAACCGGUGGUCUUUUCCCUCAACAUGUCGCUACAGGAACAGAAAACUAAAUCCAGGCGCUCCCUGCAGAACUUGGAUUCCUUCCCCAUUCUAAGCCAAGACCAGAAACUCACCCAAAGAACCGAGAUAAACUUUCAGAAGGAGUGUGGCACAGACAACAAAUGCACAAGUAACCUGCAGCUGUCUGCUGAGUUUGCUGAUGAUAGUGGAAGCCCUUUUCCCAGGAGGGAGAACAUAAACGCUCAAGUGCUUCAGUUUGACAGGAAUAUAAAAAGAAUAAAGCUAUUGGUGUUGGUUACUAACUCUCCUGCUCCUGGAAAGCUGGCAGAGGAUGCCCACCAGGCAAUGCUCAAUGUUAUCAUGCCCAGUGCACUGAAAUACUCUGGUUUCAGAUCUGAGAGCAAAGACGUAGAAUGCAGCUUUGAUAAUUCAAUCACUUGUGAGCUGGGGAAUCCUCUAAAAGGUGGACAACAGGUGUCGCUGCAGCUUCUGUUUGAGACUUCAGGCAUUGAUCUGUACACAAAAGAUAUAGAGACUGAAAUGAUUCUAUCAACUCUUAGUGAGCAGAGUGACCUGAAGCCGGUGCCAGUGGCCAUGCUGAUCGAAAACACCAUUAAACCCUCCCUCUCCAUGAGGAAUCCACCAAAGCCAACUAAAUUUGGUGGGACAGUGAAGGGAGAGUAUGCUAUGGAAUACACCAAUGACGUGGGCAGUCUGGUGGAGUUCACCUUGAAUGUGGACAUGAAUGGCCCGCCUUUGAGAGACAUGGGGACCCUUGCUGUGGAGUUUGAUUGGCCCCAUGAAGUGGCCAAUGGCAAGUGGCUGCUGUAUCUGACAAAGAUUGUUGUUAAAGGAGAAUCAGAAAUGGAAUGCAACCCUGCUGGAGACAUUAUCAAUCAGCGUAACCUAACUUACUCCCAGUCGUCGGAGAGCAGAUCUAAGCCUGCCAGACGUAAACGCCAGGCUGCAGAAGAUGACAGGGAAGAAACAAUUCAACUGCUUACUGUGGAACAACAGGCAGCAGUCAUGCUGCACACACCUCGGAAAUCCUACCUGUUGGACUGCUCUAAGGAGACAGCUAAAUGCGUGAGGUUCACCUGUCUUCUGCUCAACGUGUCGGAUUCAGCUGAGAUUUAUGUCCGCUCCCGCUUGUGGAACAGUACAAUGUUGGAGGACUUUUCCAAUGCUCUGAGAGUUACAGUGAAAGGUAACGCCACACUGAAGCUCAUUACGGAUAAACCGACCAUCAAGAUGGAGCCUCAGACUCUGAUUUUUACAGUAGACAUAGAACCAGAGGCAAGUGUGGAGACACCCUAUCGACUUCCCUUGUGGAUCAUCAUUUCUGCAGCUGUAGCAGGACUUGUGCUCCUUGGAAUCAUCAUUGUUAUCCUGUGGAAGUGUGGCUUCUUCCAGCGGGCUAGCAGGAGGGAGAUGUAUGAGGCCAAGGCCCAGAAGGCUGAGAUGAAGAUCCAGCCCUCUGAGACAGAAAAGAUGAUUGAGGACUACUAAGGCCCCCAUGUGUUUUUCCAACAGCACACACCAAUGGGGCCUUUGGCUUGGGUUCUUCAAGCGAGCCAUCUACUACCGGGUAAUGCCAAAGCACCGUGGGGUGAGAAUUCGCAGAACUGAACGCUAUCAGUUCAAUCUGGGAUUUCAGCCUAAAGAGCCACAGAAAAAGUUCUGGAUCACCAGCUGGACAGAGAUGCAGAAUUGCUACUAUUGAUGCCUUCGGAUCACUCUCUGCCACAGAGGCUAAAAACAAAGAGAACACUGGGCCUGACUGGGCUGCAUGGACUUCUACAGUGCAUGGACCCACUGUGGAUGGUUCAUUUUUUUUUUUAUAAAUAAGUCUUUCUGUGCAAUAUGCUGAACAUUUGAGAGAUUGUAAUUUGUUAAGUAUUUUUGUUGGAUUUAGACCAAUGUUGCAUCCAGAGGCAAAUUGUUUGUGUUUUAGGUAUUAAUGGGUUGAAUCUGCAUGUGUUAAAUAAUUGUCUUUCUGCUCAGUCUCUCAGCAUCACUUUGCUCUCUGUGAAUUUUGGUUUUAAAUAGUCUUCAGGUAUGCCUUGGAGAUAUACAUUUUUCAUUUUGACCAGCAUCCACUCCAUUAUGAGAUGUCGUCCCUCUUUACAUGAAUGUCAGUGUUGGACAAGUAUUUGGAAAGACUGAUAAUCUGUAGACGCAAGGUUAUUUUUAGUUGUAUAUUCCUGGUUUUGUAUUGCUUAUAUCACUCUCACAUUUUAAUAGUCCCUCAUAAUUUCCAUAUCGGCAGAUUACUCUUGAUUGUUAUUUAUUACACCAUGUUGAGCUAACACAAUAAAUAGAUGCUAUGUGGAUUUUUAAGCAUCUGAUACAGGGAAUCUAAACACUGGAAAUGUUAUCUGAUUGUAUGGAUGAAAUUGUACAUAAUGACAAGUUGAACUGUUUGAAUGAAUGCAUCCGCUUCUGGCCUUUGCUCAUAUGGUGAUAUGAAACAGUUGACAGAGACUGAAACCAGUGAAUUCCUGCUGCUGCACUGAAGACUAACUGGACUUAGCAAAGACAGCCAUUAACUGGGACCAAGUGAUGUUUUACCACUUCAUCCUCAAAUACCUGAUUUACAAGGAAGUACAGUGGAUAUAAAAAGUGUACACACCCCUGUUAAAAUGCCAAUCUAUGUUGCUGAAAUAAAAUUAGACCAUGAUAAAUAA